GAGGAAGCUAGCUGACAACCCGCCACCAUGGCCCGCGGGAAAGCCAAGGAAGAGGGGAGCUGGAAGAAAUUCAUCUGGAACUCGGAGAAAAAGGAGUUUCUGGGCAGGACCGGAGGCAGUUGGUUUAAGAUCCUCCUCUUCUACCUAAUAUUCUAUGGAUGCCUAGCUGGCAUAUUCAUCGGGACCAUCCAAGUAAUGUUGCUCACCAUCAGUGAAUUCCAACCUAAAUAUCAGGAUCGAGUAGCACCACCAGGAUUGACACAGGUCCCUCAGAUCCAAAAGACUGAAAUUUCCUUUCGUCCAAGUGAUCCCCCGAGCUUUAGUGCAUAUGUGGUGAGCCUCAAUCGAUUCCUUGAGAAAUAUACGGAAGGAGCCCAGAAGGAUGAUCUAGAAUUUGAGGACUGUGGUGAUGUGCCAAGUGAUUACAAAGAGCGAGGAGAUUAUAAUAAUGAACAAGGCAAGAAGAGAGUCUGCAGGUUUCGUCGGGAAUGGCUGGGCAAUUGCUCUGGAAUACUGGAUGAAACCUUUGGCUAUUCAAGUGGCAAACCUUGCAUCAUCAUAAAACUCAAUCGAGUUCUGGGCUUCAAACCUAAGCCUCCCAAAAAUGAUUCCCUGGAGAAGGAUUUGAUGAUGCGGUAUAAUCCAUAUGUUCUUCCUGUUCAUUGUACUGGCAAGAGAGAAGAUGAUAAGGAUAAAGUGGGAAUCGUGGAAUACUUUGGCUUGGGAGGAUAUUCUGGUUUUCCUCUGCAAUAUUACCCAUACUAUGGUAAACUCCUACAGCCCAAGUACCUCCAGCCCCUCCUGGCGGUACAGUUCACCAACCUUACCACUGACACAGAAGUCCGCAUUGAGUGUAAGGCGUAUGGUGAAAACAUUGGCUACAGUGAAAAAGACCGUUUUCAGGGACGCUUUGAUGUAAAAUUUGAAAUAAAGAGCAGCUGAUCACAAGCACAAUCUUCCCCCUUAGCCAUUUAAAAAAGUUUAAAAAAAAUUAUAAAAAACAAAAACCUACUAGUCUUGAACAAACUGUCAUACGUAUGGGACCUACACUUAAUCUAUAUGCUUUACACUAGCUUUCUGCAUUUACUAGGUUAGAAUGUAAAUUUAAAGUGUAGCAAUAGCAACAAAAUAUUUAUUCUACUGUAAAUGACAAAAAUAAAAAACAAAACAAAAAAUUGAGCCUUGGGACGUGCCCAUUUUUACUGUAAAUUAUGAUUCCAUAACUGACUUGUAGUAAGCAGUGUUUCUGGCCCCUAAGUAUUGCUGCCUUGUGUAUUUUAUUUAGUGUACAGUACUAUAGGUGCAUACUCUGGUCAUUUUUCAAGCCAUGUUUUAUUGUAUCUGUUUUCUACUUUAUGUGAGCAAGGUUUGCUGUCCAAGGUGUAAAUACUCAAUGGGGAUAAAACUGGCAUGGUACUUAUUUUUGCUUUGCUCUUUUAGAGAUAAAGGCCCAUCUAUGAACAUAUUUAACAACACUCCGUAGAGCCUUUUCCUGUGAUGUUAGCUUUAUUUAAUUUAAUUUUUUUUUCCAGGGGGGAGGGAGGGAGGACUAUCCAGGGAGGGGGGAGGGGAAACUGCCCUUGAAUUUUAAGUGAAGCUAAAGAAAAAAAAAAAAAGGUGAUGGGUUGUAUUGUGCUUUGUAUUGAAUGCUGUCUCUACAUUUCUUCCCUUGUCCUCCAGUAUGUUUUCAAGUUGUGUAUGAGACCUGGGUUCAACUAUCACUUUGGCUGGUGAUAGGGCUAAUUAUUUUGCUUUGUAUAUUUUCUUUCUAUCUUUUUUUUUCCUUUUCUUUCUCUGGAGGCAUCACAUGCUGGUGCUGUGUCUUUAUGAAUGUUUUAACCAUUUUCAUGGUGGAAGAAUUUUAUAUUUAUGCAGUUGUACAAUUUUAUUUUUUUCUGCAAGAAAAAGUGUAAUGUAUGAAAUAAACCAAAGUCACUUGUUUGAAAAUAAAUCUUUAUUUUGAACUUUAUAAAAAGCAAUGCAGUACCCCAUAGACUGGUGUUAAAUGUUGUCUAAAGUGCAAAAUCUAUGUUCUAACAUAUGUAAUAAUUGCCAGGAGUACAGUGCUCUUGUUGAUCUUGUAUUCAGUCAGGUUAAAACAAUGGACAAUAAAUGAAUGAACACGUAA